CAAACUUUAUCCGUUUGCGUCCUCACUUCACUCUUUCUCAAUCAAUAUGCAAAUCCUCCAAACCCCUAUAUUCUUCUCGUUCCCUAAAGCAUUAGCCUUAAACCCUUCCUCCCCAAGACAGUUGUUGCACCGCCAUCCCCACCGCUUCCAUUGCUUCCCUUCCUUGUUCAAAACCCGUUUCCCUAAACCUUUAAACACCCCAAAGUGCUUCAGCUCCGAGGAAUUCCCCGUCGACGAAACCUUCAUCAAAAAAUUUGCUCCCAAAGACAAAGAAACCGAAGACGAAGCCCGUCGCAGCAACUGGAUCGACCGAGGGUGGGCCCCGUGGGAGCAAAUCCUAACCCCAGAAGCCGAUUUCGCUAUAAAAUCCCUUAACGAAGGCGAAGAGGUCCCUCUCCAAACCCCUGAAGCCAUCGAAGCUUUUAAAAUGCUAAAGCCUUCUUACAGGCUUCAAAAAAUUAAAGAAAUGGGGAUUACAGAGGAUGAAUGGUAUCGAAAGCAGUUCGAGAUAAAACGUGAUAUUCCGGAGCCUCUGGAGACGUUGUGGGCAGGGCCAUUGGCGUUGAGACUCGUGCCUCCGCGAGAUUGGCCCCCCAGAGGAUGGGAAGUGGAUAGAGAAGAGCUGGAGUUUAUAAGGGAAGCACAUAAGGUACAGGCGGUGAGAGUGGAUUUGGAGAAAGUGGAGAAGGAUGUGAUAACUGGUGAAGCAGAUAUGGGUUUGGACAGAUAUAGAGUGUUUUUGAAGCAAUAUAAAGAGUGGGUUGAUGCUAAUAGGGACAGAUUGGAAGAAGACUCUUAUAAGUAUGACCAAGAUUACUACCCUGGUAGGAGAAAAAGAGGGAAAGACUACAAAGAGGAAAUGUAUGAGCUUCCAUUUUAUUAUCCAGGACAGAUCUGUGAAGGCAAAGUGACUACUGUACACCUAUAUCAAGGAGCAUUUGUUGAUAUAGGUGGUGUACAUGAGGGGUGGGUCCCAAUCAAACGUAAUGAUUGGUAUUGGAUCCGCCAUCAUAUAAAAGUUGGUAUGCAUGUUAUUGUUGAAAUUCUGGCCAAACGAGAUCCUUACCGGUUUAGGUUUCCUAUUGAACUGCGUUUUGUCCAUCCUAACAUAGAUCAUCUGAUAUUUAAAAGAUUUGACUUUCCACCUAUAUUUCACCGUGAUGAGGAUACUAAUCCAGAGGAGUUACAGCGUGAUUGUGGAAGACCUCCUGUUCCUAGAAAAGAUCCAGGAACAAAACCUGAAGAAGAGCCAUUGUUGUCAAAUCACCCUUAUGUUGACAAGUUGUGGCAGAUCCAUGUUGCUGAGCAAAUGAUUUUGGAUGAUUUGGAGGCAAAUCCUGAGAAAUAUGAAGGUAAAAAGCUAUCAGAAUUAACCGAUGACGAUGACUAUGAUGAAGAAAACAGUGUUCAAUACACCAAAGUACGCUACAAGAAAAGCCUAAUUCCAAAAAUCAUUAUGAAAACAAGUGUUAAAGAACUUGAUUUGGAAGCUGCCUUAGCUGAGCGUGAGCUCCAUUAUAAACAUAGAAGAGAAGCAAAAGACAGGGGAGAGGAAUAUAAAAUCAGCAAAUUCAGGCGCAAUAUUGAGAUGGAUGAAUAUGAUUCUUUACAUUGGCGCCGAUCAUUAGAGGAAAGAGAAGCUUUGAUCAGAGACAUCAGCUGCCGUCAAGGUCUGGGUUUGCCGUUGGAAGAACCAGGAAGAUAUAAAGAUGAAAGUUUUUUUGGGAAGGAUCAAUACGAUCCUUCAAAUCCCUUGUAUAGAUAUGACUACUGGGGAGAACCCAAGAACUCUGAAAAGACAAAACAAGAGCGGAUGACAGAUGCCCACAACAAGUCUAUUGUGGGAAAGGGCACUGUGUGGAAUGAAAUGUCUUAUGAUGAUUUCAUCAAGCAGAAAAUGCGAAGAGAAGCCCGUUCAGAAGGAACAAUGCAAAAGGAAGCUGACGAAGAUGAAGAGAGAGAGCAAGAAAGUGAUGAGGAUGAUGAUGAUGAUGAUUUUGACUACAGCAUUUUGAGUGAUCCCAGCAUUGUAUUCCCAAAUCAACCUCUUGUCAAUGGGACUGAAUCGUCUAGUAUCUCAGAUGAGGGAAUGUUUGAGAACUAACAUUAGUGGAGAAUCAUGCUUGUACGAUAUUUGAUGUAUAGUUUAUAAAGGUGAGAGCUGAUGAGGCUCAAUCACUGACGAAAGAGAAAAUUUUGAUUCUAGUGCUUGUCAUAUUUUUUGAGAGAAAUAAAAACAAAACCAAACAUCAAAUUGCUGACAAUAACUUUAAUUCCCAUUCUCUCUAAUUAAAAUAUGUUACAUUAAGCAGACAAGCCAACCAACUACAAUUCCCUUCCUGAGCCCCUAUUGCCUCAUCGUAUCAGAAACAUUAACUUUCAUUUUACCCAAAAAAAAAAAAAAAGGGAAACGAUAAAAAACCUGAACCUCA